AGGAAAAUCUAGAAAAACGAAGUUUCAAAGUUUGUUACAACAGACUACCGCACUGAGGCGACUGCAGGUGUCACCUGAUUCGAGUCUUAUGUCUUAAGGCACCAUUCAAUAGUGUUCAACGUCAGGAUACACGGAGACACACAAUGUGCGAAGACAACGCUGGGAGUAAUGCGGCUGCUGAUGCAAAUGCUCAGCCAGACCAUGAAGUCGUGGUGCUCGCCGAUGAUGAACAAAGCGACACGUCCUCAGAAAUUGGAAGCAGUGUAGCUUCUUCGAGUACGAGUGUGAGCAGCUCAAUUCUGGACUACCGGUUGGAGAACGGCAGAACCUACCACAAGUACAAGGACGGGAAAUACUGGUUCCCAAAUGAUGAGAGAGAAAACGACCGUCUCGACCUGCAGCACAACUUAUUCAUCCUGACUUUUGAGGAUAAACUCGCAACCGCCCCGCCAAACGAACCUGAUGCCAAUGUUGGAAAGGUUUUGGAUAUCGGCACAGGAAGUGGUAUCUGGGCCAUUGACUUUGGCGAAGAGCACCCGGAUGCUGAGGUGCGAGGUGUUGAUCUUUCUGCUAUCCAGCCGGAAUUCGUGCCGCCCAACGUCAAAUUCGAGAUCGACGACAUUGAACAACCCUGGACAUUUUCGCAAUCAUUUGACUACAUCCAUAGUCGUAUGAUGAACUCAUCCAUAAAAGAUUGGAAAUCAUAUAUCAAAACUUGCUACGAUAAUUUGGAACCUGGAGGAUAUCUCGAAUUGAACGAGAUCGACGUCACCCCCACCUCUGACGACGGUACCUUGAAGUCAGACUCUGCGAUCUCAAGGUCUGUCAAGUUGCUUCAGGAGGCAGGCGAUAUCAUCGGAAGACCCUUCCUUGAGAUCAGCUCUCUCAGGCACGUGCUUGUUGAUACCGGAUUCGAAGACGUCCACAGACAACUGUACAAAUGGCCCACGAACUCUUGGCCCAAGCAUGAGAGAUACAAGGAGCUGGGCAUCUGGAACCACGAGAAUCUGGUUGCUGGAUGGGAAGGCUUCUGCAUGGCCCCAUUCACAAGAGUUCAUGGCUGGAGCAAGGAGGAGGUCAUAAUUUGCAUGGCUGAGAUCCGGAAAGAAUUCAAGGACAGGUCGAUCCAUGCAUACUUCAAAAUUUGGUCGAUCUAUGGAAGAAAGCCUCUUGAAUCCGCAACGACGGAGGCUGCGUGAUUUCGGUUGGAGACACUAGUUGUCCUUGGCAAUCUUCAGAGUGACUUGUCCGAAGAAAGACAUUCACGUGAUAGUUUCAAGUUCGCUUUCCACAUUUUCCACAUAACAAUGUACAAGAUUCUGAUCAUGUUCAAGAAUCAAGCUCUGUACGAAAGCUACGUUGA